CCUCCCCCUGUCAGCCAGUGGUUUGCUCCUCACUCCAGCUGAUCGGCCCAGUGUCCCCGGUGAUUCGGUCCAUGGUCGACUUUGACGGCUCCAUCGUCGACGUUAACUGUUUUAAUUUUAUGGAGUCAGUGGCCGCUCGUGUCGGCAAAUCGUUCUUUUUUUAUGCUGGAACUCCGACGAAUAUUCUGACAAGAGUAUUGACCGUAUACUUGUAAAAGCCAAGAGGGUCUAAACGCAAAUACGAGGCCCUUACUGCAUCCACGGAUUCACCUGCUACACGAAGAGCUUGUCACUGUAGACCGACAUGGGGGACACAGGGAGCGAAGGCAGCAAGCAUCCGAGCAAUGUCAACGUUUUACCCCCGCGCUGUCCCUGUGGAUUCUGGGGGUCGAGCAAAACUAUGAAUCUCUGCUCAAAAUGUUUUGCUGAUGUUAAGAAGAAGCAGCCAAAUGAUGAUUGUGCCCCAAAAGCCUCUUCAAGCACCAGCAGCAGUCAAACAGACAUAUUCUGUAAUGAAACAAACAGCAGCAUUAGUCAGUCCAUGACUAUGCCUAACACUUCAGAAGACCCUUUGCCAGGAGAGACUGGUGUGACGUCUGUUCCAGUUCAAGAAGGAAUAUCCAGCAUGGGCACAGUUUUGGGUUCCCUUACUACUCCCACAAAACGUUCAUUCGAGUCAGAGUCAGAAAGUGAUGCUUCACCUGAGAAACGAGCAAGAGUGAGCGAGGUCCCUGAGAGUGAAGAGUCUUCACCGUUGUCAUCAUCAUCACCAUCUUCAUCUCGCAACGGUUCUAAACAGAGGAGCCGCAAACGUUGCCAUCGCUGCCAAACCAAACUGGAGUUGGUGCAGCAGGAGCUGGGUUCCUGUCGCUGUGGUUAUGUUUUCUGUAUGCUCCAUCGUCUUCCAGAGCAACACGAGUGUCUCUUUGACCACCUGGGCCGUGGACGUCAGGAGGCUGUCCUCAAGAUGGUCAAGCUUGACCGUAAAGUGGGCCGCUCUUGCCAGCGCAUUGGCGAGGAGUGCUCAUGAGCAGCCGCCACCCCACUGCCCAGCAAAACCUCUGUGUUCAGGUGGUGUCUCAGCACUAAUAGGGAUAUGAUUUUUCUCUUUUUCUCCUCACUUAGUUUUUCAGGUUUUUUACAGGUAUUUUGGAUACAAACCUCCAUUCUCUCCUUUUUAAAUGAAGCUUUUUUUUUCUCCCCCAGCCCCAAUCAUCACCAACAUUCUACUUGUUUCCUGCUUCCUUUGGCUCGAUCAUAUCCCUGCUGCUAAGAUGCCUUUUGGAAAAACAAACACAAUAAAGACAGAACAAUCAAGAGCAAAUGAAAUAUUUCUUCACUCUUUUGCAAGCUCUUGACCAUGCGAGUAUGAAUGGUGAAAGAGUGAAUUAAGAGAUGGCGAGAGGAAAUGCAAUGCUUUAUACAAAUGUUUGUCUUGGAAGCCAGACUUUACUCUUUACCUCAGAAAUAAAAGGCAAAAUAAAAAAAAACAAAGAAUGAGGGUGGAGGAGGAGAAGAGAGAGAAAGAAAUGGUCAUCCUUCUUGUACACUUUGGCUGUGGCGCUGUUUAUAGACUAUGCUCUUUACCUCAAAAUCAGACCAGAGCUGCUUUGUACUCCAUGCCAAGUAUGGACUUUCUGAGGCAAGUGAGCUAGCCAGCCUCAGUUUAAGUCACGUCUUACCUCCUGGCCAUCCAACCCUUAUAAUCUUAAACCCUUAGAAACACAUACACAUGUUAAUGACCCACCUCAGGAUACUGAAGCUCAGCCUGCCCUCAUCCUCCCACCAACCUGCAUCAUUGUCCUCUGUUCUAUAGGAAAUUUACUCCUUUGUUUUAAGAUUGUUGUGAAAGUGUCUGCCACUGUGAUAUGAAAGUGUUGGGUUACUGGAAGUCCCUAUUCAGAACUUGCAUGUGCCAGACUCAGAGACAUAUUGACGAUGGUGACAGCAAACUGGUUGUCCUCGGAUUACCCACAGACUCAUCGUCAGUGUCAAGAAGUGACUGAUGAAGAUUUAAUUUGUUGAGGAUUUUCUCUGGCUUCCUCUUUCUUUCUUUAUCCCCUUACCCUUUACUAACCUUCCACAUCUAGACAUUUCCUCUUCACAUCCACAGUCUUUAUCAGCAGGUGUGUGGCUUGUGUGUGUGUUGGAUGUAUACAAACUUCAGGAAGACAAACUUAACAAGACACGAGGGACAAAGUGUGCUAAUGAAAAAUGACUGGACUUGGAAAGUCUGCAUUGUUACAUAUAACUCUAGCUAUACUUUUACAAACACACACAGCCUGACUCUUAUGUUAUUUGAUGUGCUCAGUUUGCAUUGAGCACAAACAGGUAAAUCAAACAUUGUUUUAAAGUUGGAGUGUUUUCUGAAACUGUGUCUUGUUUGGGAUCAUGAUGGCUGUUCAUAUCUCAAGUGUAAUGCUUCAACUCUUUUCACCAAUACAUUAAUAUCCCUGGAUAAAUAUUUUGAUUUUCAACGAGCAUGAUUAGAUCAUGUGCAUCCUUCUCCCUCUUGGUUUUCUCAUCUGUAUUGAUUGCUUUAUUUUUCUUAAUUUCACCCACUCUGCCUCCCUUCUUCCCUCUUCUUUUACUUUUGCUGUAGAUGAGGGAAUAGGGCUGUGGUGAGCAGAGUGCUUAAAGUUAAAAUCAGCAAAUAGUUACCUUUCAGAUGUUUUCCUGGUGGACUGUGGGCAGAAGGAAGAUAAAAUGCAUAAUGAAUGAAUCUUGUGUAUCUUAAAGAAAACCUUGUUUAACCUCUUACAUUUUAGAAUUACUUACACUUAAGUGUUGAGCUUUUUGGUUAUAAUGUGGUUAUAAAAGUGGGAAAAUGGAUAUGGAAGAUGAUUUAAUUUUGUUUCUUUUGCUUUAAUUUUUGCUUCCCCUUUGCAACUUUUAUUUUCUUUUACUGAGAAAGAAUAAACUGGAUUAGACAAAA